AUGGAUUCUAGAACAGUCGGUAUAUUAGGAGGAGGACAAUUGGGGCGUAUGAUUGUUGAAGCUGCUAACAGGCUCAACGUCAAAACAGUCAUUUUAGAUGCCGAAAAUUCGCCUGCAAAGCAAAUAACCAACUCUAAUGAGCAUGUCAAUGGGUCCUUUUCAAAUCCUCUUGAUAUCGAAAAACUAGCUGAAAAAUGUGACGUGCUGACCAUUGAAAUUGAGCAUGUUGAUGUUCCUACACUAAAAAAUCUUCAAGUGAAAUACCCCAAGUUGAAAAUUUACCCUUCUCCAGAAACAAUUGGGUUGAUACAAGACAAAUACGUUCAAAAGGAACAUUUAAUUAAGAACGGUAUAGCCGUAACUAAAAGUGUUCCCGUGGAACAACCUAGUGAGGCGUCGUUAUUAAAUGUCGGAGAUGACUUGGGUUUCCCAUUUGUCCUCAAAUCGAGAACUUUGGCGUAUGAUGGAAGGGGCAAUUUUGUCGUAAAAAACAAAGAGAUGAUUUUGGAAGCUUUGGAAGUAUUAAAAGAUCGUCCUCUAUACGCUGAAAAAUGGGCACCAUUUACUAAAGAAUUAGCUGUUAUGAUUGUAAGAUCUGUCGAUGGUUUGGUAUUCUCUUACCCAAUUGUAGAAACCAUCCACAAGAAUAAUAUUUGUGAUUUAUGUUACGCCCCAGCUAGAGUUCCAGACUCUGUUCAACUUAAAGCAAAAUUAUUGGCUGAAAAUGCGAUUAAAUCUUUCCCUGGGUGUGGUAUAUUCGGCGUAGAAAUGUUUUAUUUAGGAACUGGAGAACUGCUAAUCAACGAGAUUGCACCAAGGCCCCACAACUCUGGACAUUAUACUAUCGAUGCAUGUGUAACUUCUCAAUUCGAAGCGCAUUUGAGGUCGAUAUUGGAUUUACCAAUGCCAAAAAAUUUUACAUCUUUUUCAACUAUUACAACAAACGCCAUUAUGCUAAAUGUUCUUGGAGAUAAGCAUACGAAAGAUAAAGAACUAGAAACUUGCGAAAGGGCAUUGGCUACUCCAGGGGCCUCGGUAUAUUUAUACGGAAAAGAGUCCAAACCUAAUAGGAAAGUGGGUCACAUAAAUAUUAUUGCUUCGAGUAUGGGUGAAUGCGAACAAAGGCUGAACUACAUUACAGGAAGAACAAACAUUCCAAUCAAAAUCUCUGUCGCCCAAAAAUUGGACCUAGAAGCAACUAUCAAACCAUUGGUUGGUAUCAUUAUGGGAUCAGACUCUGAUUUACCGGUAAUGUCAGCCGCAUGUGCAGUUUUGAAAGAUUUUGGUGUUCCAUUUGAAGUGACAAUAGUGUCUGCUCAUAGGACCCCACACAGGAUGUCGGCAUAUGCCAUUUCUGCAAGUAAGCGUGGUAUUAAGACAAUUAUCGCAGGGGCAGGCGGUGCAGCCCAUUUACCAGGUAUGGUAGCAGCAAUGACGCCACUACCUGUCAUUGGUGUACCUGUUAAAGGUUCUUGUCUAGAUGGAGUGGAUUCAUUACAUUCAAUUGUUCAAAUGCCCAGAGGUGUCCCAGUAGCUACUGUUGCUAUUAACAAUAGUACGAACGCCGCACUGUUGGCUGUCAGACUUCUUGGUGCAUAUGAUUCAAGUUACACAACAAAAAUGGAACUAUUUUUAUUAAAGCAAGAGGAAGAGGUUCUUGCUAAAGCGCAAAAAUUGGAAACUGUCGGAUACGAGGCUUACUUAGAAAACAAAUAG